AUGUCCCUACGCAACUCUCACUCCUGGCUCGCCUCGCUCAUCGAAACCGGCCUUGCACCGCCCUCCUCAGCCGACAACAAGUUCUCGACGGUGGCGAACGGUGCUACCGGCGUGCGACGAUCCCGAGCGAGUCCUUCACUGUUCGAGGAGGAUGCCCAGGCGAGAGAUGCGGCGGAUCAGGCUGUGGUCGACGACGAGCUGCGGGGUCUGCAGGGUUUGAGGGAGAGCGAGGCAGGUUGGAGCGUCACGCCCGAUCCGGUUUUGACGGUUUACGUCUCGACGCCGACUUCGAGCCUCACCUUGAGUCGCAAGCUGAGCGAGAUUGUCGACCUCGAAGCACGGCUACGCGCUCAAUUUCCCGACAGUCUUCCUGAACGUCCGCCUCCUCCGCCGCCCGCAACGCCAAAGAAGCGAAGCAAAGUCCUCGCUUCGCUUACUCGCACACUCAGCCCUCGCCGCAACGGCCCGCCGUCCUUCUCCUCUUUCGGCGGCAGUCGCGACUCUCGCGCCGUUGCGAUCGACACGAAGGAGCUCGGCGCGAUGCUCACCAAGGCUUCCCUCGACUCGACACUCCGACAACACGUGGCUUGGCAGAAGUUCUUCGCCGUCCGGCGCGACGACCUCGAGAGUGCGCGCAUCGAGCGGCGCAUCAAGCGGGCACGCAGCGACCAGACCCUCCAUCUCGGCGGCAAGGACAGUCUCGAAUCGCCUUUCGUCGCGCGGACGACUCUGCAGACUGUUGAGGACCGCGCCGAGCCCAAUGCAACCGUCCAGCCAUCCACCGCGCCGCUCGGGACGGAACAGCCGCUAGCGAGCGAUGUCGCCGUCGACGUGAGCAUGGGUUCGCCUGCCGAUGUCGCGUCGUCUUCUACACCCGCCAACGUCGAGAUGGUUCUCUUCGACGCGAACGAGCAGGGCAGCGCGCCAAGUGAGCCUGUUGCCGUCUCGGAUUCUCCGGAGCAAUCAUCCGUCCUUGAGCCAGAUGGCGAGUCAGCGACCGGCGCUUCGGUUACGCCUGCGGCUCAUGCUGCGCCAGUCCGUCCCGCGACCGCCGACGCCGUACGCCGCGACCUCGCACCUUUGACCUCGGCUGGCAUGACACGGUCGGUGUCGGACGUCUCGACCACAACGGUGGAGAAGCGCUCGAAGUCGAUGACGAUCGACGCUUUUGAAAUCCUGCGCGUGCUCGGAAAGGGUUGCGCCGGCAAGGUUUUGCUCGUUCGCAAGAAGGACACCGAGGACUUGUUCGCGCUCAAGGCCAUUACGAAGCGCCAUGUCCUCGCCCACCGCGAGCUCGAGCACACUCGCACCGAGCAGUCGGUCCUCAAGACUUGCGCGAGAGACAAGUCGAACCCUUUCGUCGUCCGCCUGCACUACUCCUUCCACGACGAAGACACACUCUACCUCGCCUUGGACUUCCACCCCGGCGCGGAUCUCGCUUCGCAGCUCGCCAACUGGGGCUGUCUCGGUCGUGACCGCGCUCGCUUCUACAUCUCCGAAAUUAUCGAAGGUGUCGAGGGUCUGCAUCGCGCCGGCAUCAUCUACCGUGACCUCAAGCCCGAGAACGUCCUUAUCGCCGCCGACGGCCACAUUGUCCUCACCGACUUCGGCCUGUCGAAAGACUUCGGGCACAAUCAGGUCAUCCCGUCGGCGACAGACGGUCUGCCUCGCCCGCACUGGCUCGACCACCCGUCCCGCAAGGUCCUCCUCGGCGAGCCGUACAGCUACGAAUGCGACAUCUGGAGCGCUGGGACGAUGCUGUACGAGAUGCUCGCCGGCGUGACACCCUUCAUGGCCGACAACCACGCGACCAUGUACCGCCGCGUCCUGCACGACGACCUGCGCUUCGACGAGCGGAGCCGCCAGUUCGACCCGGACACUCGCGCCCUCAUACGCGGCAUGCUGCAGCGCGAUCCCGUCCUCCGCAUCACGAUACCUCGCCUCAAGCGCAUGCGGUACUUCAACAUGAUCUCAUGGGACUUCAUCCGCCUGAAGCGCUACGCGCCGCCUUUUGUUCCGAAGCUCAACCCGGACGACCCGACCGACACUUCGCAAUUUGACGACGCCUUCCUCCAAAUGCCGCCCGAGGUUCGCGGCACCGAUCCGCUUCACGAGCCUGGGAACGACCGCGACGAGCCGAAAGGCGAGCCGCAGCCCGCUUUCGACGCGAACGGUCGCGAUGUCUUCGACGGCUACUCGUACUACGGCCGCGACUCGGCUUCCCUGCAUCGCCACCGUAUGGAGGACUCGGACGAGGAGAGCGAGGAGGAAGUCGAGGAGUCUCCUGCUCUCGACACCGAGGCCGAGCCCACGACUCCGUCCGCCAUGGAUGAAGACUCGAUGACUCCGCCCGCCGAAGCGAUCGCUGCUGCGCCGCCUGUCCAGCACGAGCAGGAGGUCUCGCAGGGCACGUCGACCAGCGGCGACACGAUGAGCGACUCGGUCGAGACGGACGCCACCUCCACAACGACGGCCCCGUCUCUUUCGCCUGAACUCGGUCGCGCUCGUCAGGUCUCGGCCCGCAGCAACCUCGAGCCGCUUCCUGAGCACACUGUCGCCAAGCACUCGACCGCCAUCGUUGUGGAGGAGGACGAGGAGGGAUCUGACGCCGAAUGGGACAUGGUCGAGACCUCCGUUGUCGCUUCGGUUCGCAACGGUGGUCGCGAGGCCACGUUGUGGCAGCGAGGCUUCCGCGACCGGUAUCGCCUCGUCCUCCAGCCCCUCGCGUCGCCUCUCCGCCCGCCCUUCUCGCGGCAAGCCUCGCGCCACAACUCGCGAGCAGGCUCGAUCGCGUCCUCCAACUCUGCCAUGCCCAUCUCGCCUGCGACUACCCCUGAACCCCCCUCCUCUCCUCGUCCUCUCGGCGGUAUGCGACGACUCGCGUCUGUCCGGUCCACCGCAAGCGGGAAGGGCGACGGCUUGCGUCCGCAGCGCUCACUCGACGCCGGCCUGUACGCCAUCUCGAACGGCCUCAAAGUGGCGCCGCCCUCGCCGCGCAUUGGUGGAAAGACAUCAAAGACGAGCUUGGCGCCGUCGGCUACGUCGACCGAGCAGGAGAACCGCACCCCGCGGAAGGGCGGCUCGACAAUCAAGAAACUCACCAAGUCGGCUUUCCUCUCCAGCAACAAAGCGUGA